AUGAAGACAACAGUAGUGAAACCAACCAUGAUGUUUCCUAUCAGGGUGAAGAAGGAUAUAGUCCAAAGGACCCGUUCUUUUCCUCUUUUCUUUUCUCUCCUCACACGUGGGCCCCACUGCCACAUCACCAUCUUCUUCAAGUCCAGCGAAGAGACAACGCACGCACGACAGCCCCUACAUCCUCCUCUUCAUUUCCCCUCAAACCGCACAAACCGAGAGCCUCCAGGCUGCUCGAAUUUUGCCUCGCAAUUCCGCGGUACCGUCGCGGUAAAUCGUCCAUUACGCGACGGCGCCAUCUUCGACGGUGAGCACGUCCGCGGGAAGGUUUUCCGGCGAUUUUUCCGGCGAGCUACUGCUCAUGAACCAGAGAACCAUCGACGCCUUAGUUCAACCUUUUGGACAUGGUUGUGCCUCAUAUAUUUGCUGUUAGCCGCGAUGACCAACAGCACCCGACGCCGUUCGUUCCGAGAUAAAUUCCGUUGCCGCCAGCAGAGACCUCCGGGACGACGACGUGACGACCGUAGUGAGCGACGCCGACAACCCCUGAACAAAUCCACAGAGAAGCGCUACACCCUGUGGUCUGGUUCGCCGAGCCCAGCGCCCAUCGUCAACGUCGCCCUCAGAACUGCUCUCGAAAACUGCCGCCACGUUUGAAUGGAGAGCUACGCGUUUUUGAUGAGAGAAGUGAAUGAUCAUCGACUACCAAAAAG